AUGGACCAAUAUAAGAUACCAGUACAAAAAUGUUUAAAAAGUCAAAAAUCUAGCACUGGUCAAGCUGCGAAAAAAAUAAAACUGUACAAGUUUUAUGAACAACUUCAAUUUCUUAAGAGCAUUGACGAAGAUAGAGAUAAGAUAGAAAGUUUUGCAGAACGCAGCGAAAUAAUGCCUUCUUUACCAUCUGACAUAACACAAUCCAUGAGCAACGAUUCAGACAUUAAUCAGGAGUCAAAUUCGCAGUCCCACAAGGACGUUGUAGCUACUCCAUCUCUUACGUCAUUUGCAAUAUCACCAGUUGCAUCUUCAUCUUCUGCUACAAAUGAGCAAGGUGAGCCUCCAUCCGACCUGUCAAUACAAGAGCCUCAGAGGAAUCCGCGUCUGAAAAAAAAGAAGAUGUCUGCCUCUGUUCCUGAAUCCGCUUCAGCUACUCUAAUGAAAUAUGUACUCAUGAAUAGAAACAAAAAUACUGAACAUACUGAAAAGAGGAACAAGAUCCUAUCGAUGCAUUUUUACAGGGACUUGCACCUACUUUAA